CCAGUUGCAGUUGGUUUAUCUCGGUUGGCGUCUUCCAAUGAGAAUCUCCAUUUAGGGAUUAAUUUUUUCAAUAUUCUCCCGUUUGGUACGAAUUUUCGUCUGAAAAUGCCGAACAGAUCCAAAAAGAACAACACCGGCGCAUCCGAUAUUGUACCGGACGAUAAACAACCAAUGAAGAAGAAGGUCAAAUCCGAUUUAACUUACCGUACUCAAGACAGUGAACCAACAUGGGACCUGGGCAAAAACCGCUUUGUGAAGUUGUCAGACUUCAAGGGGCAAACCUACAUCAACAUAAGAGAAUUUUAUGAUGCGAAUGGAACCUUGAAGCCUGGAAAGAAAGGCAUUGCGCUCACCCCUGAGCAAUGGCAGAGACUCAGGGCUUCUGUUGAUCACAUCGAUGAAGAACUGAAGAAGAAAUAACUACUAGAAUUAAAGUUAUUUGUAGUAUUCAUUUGUUAAUUUAGUUUAGUUUUAAUUUUUCUAAAUAUGAAUAAUAGAAAUAAUGUUCAAAUGAUAGUUAAUAUAGUUAUAAUAGUUUUAGUUAUAUAUUAAUACAUAUCCAAAUGAAUAUUUAAUUGUAACAUUAGGCAAUUCGGUUUUCGUAAUAAUAAAUUUCCAUUUCAAGC